UGCCAUAUGCUGGGUAUUGUCUAGAUGGUGAGGUAAUAAAUAAACAUAGAUCCUUCUGAUGGUAUUUAGCGCUAAUGAAGGUUUUAAUGUUUAAUUCAAAAUGUUCUCUUUUGGAGAGAGAAUAAAAGAAAAAUGCAGGGAAAAAUACCUCUUUGGACAGAAAAAAAUCCAAAAAACAAAAAACAAAACCAAAAAAAAAAUACUGAAGCAGUGAUUUAAGCUAUCAUUUUGGAUAUUUUUUUCCCAGAUCUUAUUUUGAUAUUUUUUCCUUCUUUCUUUUGUCUUCAGGGUACUGCCGAGUUCUUCGCCUACUUAUUUAUUGUUCUGCAAAUUUACCAUAGCUUUACUACCUUCAUCUUAAAGGAAAACCAGGGCUUGACUUCAAGUGUUUCAGGUGGACCAUCUGCAGGUCACAGAGCAGCCUUUGUGAUAUAAGUAGAACCGUGAAAACCAUGUAUCAUUCUUCUCAGACAAAUGAGGAAGACUGUGUUUGCUGUUCUUUUACGGAGAGGAAGAAAAGAGAGUUGCCGGAAGGAAAACUGAAGACUUGGGUCCCCAAAGGAGAAAAGAGUGAUUGCAAUAUUGACCAAAGUAAGGUGGAAUCUAGAAAAAGAGCAAGUGAGCAAACCAACACACAGGAACAAUGGGUAUAUUCAACUAAGAAAUGUCGGCAAGAUCAGAUCACUUCCCCAUAUAAGACAGUCAGCAUCACCUUAGAUGGAAAUCACAAGAAAAAUGAAAAAAUGAAAUACUUGCUCACACAUAGGAAGACAGAUAGCUUAUACACAGCACUCAACACUCUCGAUGCUGUCAAAGAAGAGAUAAAAAAUCAACAAGGCAAAGAAAUGCUGGUGUGUGGGAAAGAAGGAAUCAAAGGGUAUAUAAAUCUUGGCAUGCCUCUCUGCUGUUUUCCAGAAGGCAGCCACAUGAUCAUUACAUUCUCUAAAACCGAAAGUGAGCAGGGAGAAAGUAAACAAGUGUUUGGUUUGCAGGACCAGGUAUAUGCAGACUGCGUCAAAUUUUACAUUCACGCAGUUGGGAAGAGGAACGAAAGGAUUCUCAAGUGCAGAGACCUUCACCAAGAGGGGAACAAACUCUGUGUCUAUGGCUUCAAGGGAGAGAGCAUUAAGGACACUCUGAGGAAGGAUGGCAGGUUUCACUCCUUUGUGGAGAGUGACCAUUGGAAGCUCAUUAAUGACCUGGACACCAUCAUAGAAAACACCCAGCCAGUUGAUGAGUUAGAGGACAAGCUCUUUCAGGUCGAGGUUGAGAGAAAAAGUUGUCCUCAGGCAGCAGACUUCACUGACUUAGAGAAGCCAUCUUACUAUGAGUUAAAAGAAUACACUGUGAACGAGUACCUCACCUUGAAGAGAGAGUGUAAAAAACUCAGAGCAUACAUCAAGGAAGAAAGUGAAAAACAAAGUAAGAAAACUUCCUCAUUUGAAAUGCACAGAGAAAACUUCAGGAAACUGACAAAAAACUCCACCCCAACUAGAGUGCUCAAACUUCUUUCACAGUUCAGUGACUCAGUUGGGCUCAUAGUUUGGAACAACAACGGAAAUGAGGGCUAUGCCACCUGCUUUGUUUUUACAGGAUUCUAUGUUUUCACUUGUAUGCAUGUGAUAAAUGACAUUGUGGGUAAAGGCACAGAGCAAAGUAAGUGGGCAGAAAAAAUUAGUCAGUGUGCAAAAGUCACAUUUGAUGCAAAUGAAGACAACUGCUUUUCCAUUGAAUCUUGGUUUGAGAUAUAUGAUGAAACCCUUGACUUCGCUGUCCUGAAACUGGAAGAAAAUGAACAACAAGUCCCUGCAGGGCUAUAUAAUGGAAUAGCUCCUGUACCAUCCAGUGGAUUGAUUUAUAUGAUUGGUCAUCCUGAUACAAAAGAGAAGCUUAGUGAUGGCUGUGUUCUGGUUUCUCGAGAUGAGCACAUUCAGGAAAGAGAAGCAGUGGGUGGCAGCAACCCUCCACAGUAUGUCUAUAUGUACACCCAGAGAAGUUUCCAAGAAACAGUCCAUGAACCUGGUGUGCUUACCUGGGACAACAUUUUUUAUUGUGGGUCUUCGGGAUCUCCUGUAUUCGAUUCUAAAGGAUCACUCAUAGCCAUGCACACUGCUGGUGUCAUUUGUGAGUAUGAAAGUGGUGUUUCCAGUAUUAUAGAGUUUGGCUGUGCUAUGGAACCUAUCUUCACUUAUAUUAAGACAAACCAUAGAACAUGGUAUGAUACGGAAUGUGUAAAUCAGCAGGAUGUAGAAAUGCCAAGUCAAGAUCCUUGAGGACUGGAGAGCAUUUACUCUCUUUUUCCUUUUUAAAGAAUAACAUUUUUAGCCGGGCAGUGGUGGUGCACGCAUUUAAUCCCAGCACUCAGGAGGCAGAGCCAGGCGGAUCUCUGUGAGUUCGAGGCCAGCCUGGUCUACAGAGUGAGUUCCAGGACAGGCUUCAAAGCUACACAGAGAAACCCUGUCUCAAAACCCACCCCCCCCAAAAAAAAAGAAUAACAUUUUUAUUCUUUGAAAGUCUCACACAUUUAUACAUAUUGAUCAUAUCCAUCUACUGCCACCUUCAACUUUUCUAGGACCCUUAUCUCUAUCUCACUUUCAUGUCUUCUUUUUAGUUUUUGUUAUUAAUAACAAUAUCUACAAUAAAUUACAGAAUUAUCAUGGAUGUUACCAAAUCUGAUUCAUAACUACAUAGACCAUUUUUGCCUCUUCUCAGUGCAUCUCUAUAAAUCUCCAUUCCAACUGUGGGAAAUAUGGAUCUUACCAUAUCUCAGUCAUUUAGUUAAUUGAUUAAUCAGAGUAUAGAUACAUAAAUACAGAGAUUAUAUAGACAGACAGACAGAUGAUAGAUGAUAGAUAAAUAGAUAAUACAUACAUACAUAAAGUAUAGAUUCAUAGAUAGUAGCUACAUAGAUAAUCACAUAGAUACAUAGGUGAUAGAUACAUAUAUAGGUAGAUA